UUCAGCCAAUCAAAAUCCAGCAGACAACGGCAAGAGGCGGAGGUUAUAAUAGUAAAACUCAUAUUGGAGAAGCUGGGUAACGCAAUAGCCAAUCAUAAAGCAGUAUCUAUAAACGCAAGCCAUUGAAAAAGUAGUGGGGGGGAAGCGCCGAGUGGAGACUGAGGAGAUCGACAAUUGGUUAGCUGCGUCGUCUUUUUCUCCCCCUUCUUCGGUAAUCCCUGAAAAGUGAUUGGUUUCCAAGGCCUGGUGAGUGACGCGGGCGGGGCGAGCAGAGAGCAGAACGUCAUGAAGGAACUGACAAGAUACCGCCUCCUCUCCUGCCCGUAUUCUCAGAGCAGAUUUACGCAUUUUCAGUAGCGAGCGGCUCGUUGGCCGCGUGGUGAGCUACGUCAUUGAGCAGAGAGGGAGGAGAGGAUUGCGGGGAAAAAGACCGACUGGCAAAUGCGGUCAGUCGGACGGAGAGUCACAAAGGGAAAGAGACCGAGCAGGAAGCGGUUACCGGACACGAGUACGGGGGAAAUUACCUCAUUUCACAGCCCCGCGCGAGGGAUUUUCGUACAGCGUCGAGCUGAGGCGCAACGAGAACCGAAUUCCUCUUCCCGGUGACUCCAUAGCGAGCCCCGACCCUGACAGCAGCCGCCCGGGGCCUCACAGCGCCUCUAUCUCCAUUGUCCCCGUGUGAGGAGGAGCCAUGGCCUCAGCCUGUGCCCACCCCCCUCUCCGUGCCCGGCAUUAAACCCCCACCUGCCCCUGCUGAUACCCCCUGUGGGGCAACACCCAUUGAUACCUCCAGGCUCGAACUUUUGCCCUUCAACAAUAACCCCCUAGACCUUCCUGCUGCUGAUGAGAAGCCCUGCCCCUGUUAAUAGCCCAUCUGGAGUAGUGAGCUUCUGCCCUCAAUAUCCCCCUGGGGCAGCUGCCACUGGAGCCAUUGCCUGAAACCCCAGUAAGGGCAGCGGUUUUACAACCCUGGCCGUGGCGCAAAAUCCCAGCAAUUUGUCCCGCUGUGCUACUGGAUCUUUCCACUAGUUCUGCCCAAUAACCCUCCCUGUGGUGCAGCACCACUUGCAACUGAAGUAUUGCCCCUCCACAACAAGCAUUGGGCAACGUCUUGUGGAAGCUGCUCUUUUACUGGUCCUUCACCCAUUUUUGGGCCUGGAAACUGCACCAAAUAUUCCCAUCACAAAGGAGCAGUAGCACCGUGCCCCUGUUACACACUGAGCAUCAUCUGUUGCUCCAGCAGUGACAAUCCUGUGGCCCUUACACCUGUGACUAAACUGCUUGUCUCCAGCUUUUCCACUACAUGGCCUACUGACACUUCUGCUGCCAUAUUGUGUCCUCGACUGGAAGGAGCCCGAGGGAUGGUCUAUAAAUAGUGACUGGCGGAGGGGAGAGGUGACAAUACAAAGGUGGUGGGAGAGGGACCACCGUGUCUGGUAGGCCCCACUGCUUUCUGUAAGGGCUGAGAAGCUUAUUGUGCGCUGGGGCCUUGAUGGUCUUGCCCUCCAUCUGGCUUUGAUCUAGAAGAGAAGGAGGUGAGGGAGGAGCCGGAGAAUCAUGUCGGGAAGGCCGAGAACCACUUCCUUUGCAGAGAGCUGCAAACCCGUGCAACAGCCGUCAUCUUUUGGCAGCAUGAAAGUCAGCCGAGAUAAAGAUGGCAGCAAGGUUACCACAGUAGUAGCGACCCCAGGCCAGGGGCCCGACCGACAGCAAGAAGUCAGCUAUACGGACACCAAGGUCAUUGGCAACGGAUCAUUUGGUGUGGUGUACCAGGCCAAACUGUGUGACACGGGUGAGCUAGUGGCUAUCAAGAAGGUGCUGCAAGACAAGAGGUUUAAGAAUCGAGAACUGCAGAUCAUGAGAAAGUUGGAUCACUGCAACAUUGUGCGUCUGCGCUACUUCUUCUACUCCAGUGGGGAAAAGAAGGAUGAAGUGUACCUGAACUUGGUGCUGGACUACGUCCCCGAAACUGUGUACAGAGUGGCCAGACAUUACAGCCGGGCCAAGCAGGCGCUCCCCAUGAUCUAUGUCAAGUUGUACAUGUAUCAGCUGUUCCGCAGUUUAGCCUACAUCCAUUCCUUUGGGAUCUGCCACCGGGAUAUCAAACCACAGAAUCUACUGCUGGACCCUGAAACUGCUGUACUCAAGCUAUGCGACUUUGGCAGUGCCAAGCAGCUGGUCCGCGGAGAGCCCAAUGUGUCGUACAUCUGCUCCCGCUACUACAGGGCCCCGGAGUUGAUCUUUGGAGCCACAGAUUACACCUCCAGUAUUGACGUGUGGUCAGCAGGCUGCGUAUUGGCUGAGCUACUGCUGGGUCAGCCCAUCUUCCCUGGGGACAGUGGUGUGGAUCAGCUGGUUGAGAUAAUCAAGGUCCUGGGUACCCCGACUCGAGAGCAGAUCCGAGAAAUGAACCCCAACUACACUGAAUUCAAGUUCCCACAGAUUAAGGCGCAUCCUUGGACUAAGGGCUGUGUGUUUUUGCAGGUGUUCAGAGCGCGCACCCCUCCCGAGGCCAUCGCUCUGUGCAGCCGGCUACUGGAAUACACGCCAACUGCCCGCUUCACCCCACUGGAUGCCUGUGCCCACUCCUUCUUCGAUGAACUACGGGACCCCAAUCUGAAACUUCCCAAUGGACGCGAAUUUCCUGCUCUCUUCAACUUUACUACUCAAGAGCUGUCAAGCAAUCCUUCUCUCUCCUCUAUUCUCAUCCCAACCCAUGCUCGGAACCAGGCCUCUGUGUCCACGCCGGCAACUGCAACAUCGACAUCAGAUUCAAACACUGGGGAGCGCGGGUCAACCAACAACGCAGCCUCGGCAUCGGCCUCCAAUUCCUCCUGAGCCAACAAGCAUGCGCCGCUCACGGGAAAAUGGGCAAAAAGUAGCAAGGGGGUUGGGAAACCGAGAGAGGGGGCCACUCACCCUGUCCCUGGAACUCCUAUCUCAAAACACUGGCCACAUCUAUCAAGGAUAAAGCUGAAUAUAUAUAUACAUAAAGAAACUGUAAAGGAAGCACCACCUUCUGUUCAUUUUUAGUGGUUCAGUUUUUUUUUAUUAUUAUUUAACCUUGUAAAAUAUCUAUAAAUACAGAUUUUUUUUUUUUUAAUUUUUUCUGUAAAUCUCACUCCGAUGGAGUUUUCCUUGCGAGAGCUGAAAGGUGAAGUGUUUUUUUGCCUCUCUUCUCUCCCUUGGAUUGGUUACCUUCUCCUACGCUGGUGAGCCCCCUUCCCGGCCAUGGAAGGGUUCAUGAAUGGCCCACUGCCGUGCUCUCAGCUCCUUCUGGACCCCCUGUCUGCUUUUUUCCUAAGGAUUCUGCGGUAAUCAUCGGGGUUGGUGGUAGUCAGGGACGGGUUGACUGUUUGAGGUUCCAUCAGUUUGCAGCAGCCUGCUCAAGGGCCUCCACACCAGUUUGAUUCUCAGAGUGCCUUAUUGCUUUACGUGCACAGAUUGGAAGUCUGUACAGCCCUCAUCAUGGCGUGCACAACCUGUGUCGUUUCCCCUUUAACCCCUCGGCUCAGAGGUGCGUGCGCAGCCCCCGUACUGACAGCAGCGUUUGGUGCCUCACACCAUUUAGUUUCCCCUGUGGUCGGGGAACGGAGAACGAUACAUUUCAUUGGCUUUUCCAGUCCGUUGUUAAUGCUUGUUUUUGCCAAAUCAGGGGUACAAUCAUGAGAGAUAGAAGUCGUUCCACCUUUAACCCAACUCGCGUGUAGAGAAGCAGGAGGGACGCUGCACGUGGAUUAACCCUUUCACUGUUUGCUGGCACUGAGGAGUUAACACAUUAGCCAUACAUUCAUUGUGUAUAACUGGUGCAAGGGCAUUACUAUGGCAGAUCCCGCCGGCCUCUUGUGUUGAUAUUUAGCAAGUGGCAAGUGUGGUGUGUGUAUGACACGGUCAUAUGCGACCACCACCCCCCGCAUGUGAGACUGCCCCCUGCUCGCUCUUACUAAAGCUUGGAAUGGUGCAGAUACAUGGGGGCUUCCCUGUUUCACCUAUAUACGUACUCAGAUUCAGCCAUUUUACUCUGGGGAACCGACCAUUUCUCUGGCUACUGACAGUUACAAUUCCUUUGUCCCACCCUGUUCUUUGCCAUGUCAGUCUGAAUGCAGAGCAUAAAGGGCAAGGCUCAAAGCCUGCAUUCAUUCCCUCUGUCUUGCUGGGUUAGUAAUGGGCAUUCCAGCCAAGUCCCAGCUGCUUCCUUACUUCUGUUACCCCUUGAGAGUGUUCCUUACAAAUUCAGGUGCAGGUAGGAAAUGCCCAAAACACACUAUCCAAUCCGGUACUGUGUAAAUCUAGGUCUAGCCAAUCAGAUGCUGUGUAAAUAGAAGGUGAUAGGCACACAUUAGCUUUUUAUUCUGCCCAAAGGGGGGCACCUCUGCUCAGCCUCAUUGUACCUAUCGCUAAUAAUGGUUCCUGCAUAAGGCAGCAUCUGCCCAGGCUGCCCCCAGCGCUGGCACAUAUAUACUUAACCCUCUUAGGCCCAGCUCUGCAUGUGGAAUGUUUGAUAUGGACACAUUUUCUGUAUAAACAUAGGGUAUCCGGGUGGAGGGAAGCUGCUCCUGGCUGUCUCCUGUAAGACUACCAGUGCCAGUGUAAAGAAAGAGCUGUAGCCACUCUGGUAAAUCAGUACAAUUGUACAGGCUAAGAAAGCCCUAAUAUGGUCUUUAUUAGCCCAAACAGUGACGGUAGGUGGGUACCAAUCCAGCGUAAAUGUGCUUUACCAUUGCCGCUGUAUCCCUUAUCACUUAUUAGUUACCCCCUUCCCUCACCCAGUGUUAUAAGAUAGAGUCCUUGGGCCAAUACAUCUCCCUCUGACAAUAAGCAGGUCUCAUUGCUCCCCAAUGGCUGGCACCUAUUACUGGCCCAUACUAGAUUUUAGCAGGUGGUUUUUAUGUGCUGGUUUUAUGACCAACGGUGCCCAUGUGACUGGUGUUCCCAAAAAAUAUUGGGAAGUUGUAUCUAUUUGCUUGGCACAAGUCUAUCUUACCCCUUCGGUAGUGCCAGUUGCCUGUAUCUGUACUAAACUGAAUAAAGAACAUCAUUCUGUAUGUUAUUCCCAGCAGUGAUGUCACAAUGGCAAUUUGCGCUGGUCGCUUUAGGCAGAGGGGAACCAGUUAACAUGACGAUGCAACAAGGUCACCUUUUUUUAUGCAGUUUUAUGUGUACGAUGUUUAAUUUUAACCCCCAUCUACUCUCGCUUUCAGCCUAAAUUGGAACUCUGAGCUGUGACUCCUCAUUACUCCCUAAUCUGCCAAUGCCCCCCGUACACUGGCGCAUGAGCAGAUCCAAUUGCCCAACCAGUCGUAGGUAUAGGUACAGGAGCUUCCGGCUGGUAUAUACAUGUGCCAUAUUUCAUGCCAUACUAUAGGGGAAUGUAUGGGCAGCUCUAACUGUGGCACAGAAUGCUGGGUACUGACAGGGGCAGAAUCUUGCAGCAGCUGGGACACGGCGUCCACCAUCUUUCAUUUGGUCUUUAAUUUGACCUUUUCCCCUUUCUGACUUGCUAGAGUUUAGUAAAUGUAGUGGUAUAUAGUGGCAGGUAUAUAGUGGCGCUGCCGCUCUGUAUUUGGUACCAGAGGUCACCAUGGACUUGGCAAAUGCACUUCAUUGCAUUGAGAACUAGAGAAAUGGCAAAAUCCUCAGCAGCACUUUCCCAGUAUUAAAGGGGAAGUCCCACCAGGGUCGUCUCUGCAUUUGCGCCAUUUUAUUCCCUGUGUGUUGCGCAUCCCCGGCUUCCUGUAUGGAAUGUUAUAAGCACAGAUCCCACCUCCCUUCUAUUCCCCCUGCCAUGGCCCAUACCCGGGAUAAGAAGGCAUUCCACCCCCCACCCCCCUGUGUUGUUUGUUUGUUUUGCAAAACCUGCAAUAAAUGGCUUUGAUUUUGGAGACGUAAAGGUGACGGGGGUCAGAGCGGAGAGUGAGGGGCUCAGUGUGCUCAGAAUGUCGCCUUCAGCUGUGAUAUCCUCUCUAUAUAAAUAUACAUAUAUAUAUUUUUUGCUUUGCUUGUAAUAUCCGCUUCCAUGACGUGUGUUUCUGGUGGAUCCGCUAGGGUGGUCCAUCCAAUAUGUGUAAGAAAAAAAAAAUAGCCACACCCACGAAGAACUGGUUACCUAGGAAACAUGUCAUUCACAUUGCAGAAACCUGACAGAUGUGUAAAACAUUACGACUUGAAUGCCUCCUUGACUGAAUCUCCAGAAUUUUCUUUUCUGCACCUCUGCGCCCCCCGCAGGCCGUCCAACAGCGAAGGGGCUUCCAUUUUUAUUUUCUUCUCUGUAUGCCUAAUCUGAAAUCUCUCGCCUCUCUUUCCUCCAUCCCCUACCCUUUUGUAAAUACAUUUUGUUCUGUGUGACACAAUUCCGAAAUAGUUACCUGGUCUCUGUAAUUUGCAUUAAAUACAAAAAAAGUAGGUUAGUCUGGAAAUGAAAUUAAAAAAACAAAAAUGAAAA